GGACGAUAUUAUAUUGAAGUGUGCAAAUAUGGCAGCGUCCUGCAGGAGCAUUUUGAGAGUGUUAUCUGGAUGCCAGAGACAGCUCCUCAUCACCAGUGCUCCCUCUUCUUUGUCUGCCUCCCAGAAUGCAGAUAGAUAUCAUCCUAUCAGGAGCUACGCCGCAGCAGCCAAACCAGCUAAGAAACCAAGAAAAGAAAAAGGCACAGCAAAAGAUGUAAAAGAGGAGGAGAAGAAGAAGAAGCAGAAGCAAAAGAUCGAUGAUACAGGUCGACAUAAACCGUACGGGCUCACAGCCUGGGCUCCAGUAGAUGAUGUAUAUUUGGUGAGGUACUAUCCUAAGCCAGUGUAUGAUGCAGACAUGGCUGUUGACAUGAUGAAGAGCUUUCAGAAGCUGGACUUCACCCCUGAAGACCAGCCUGUUUUCAUCGAUCUGCAAUUGGACAUGAAGCUUGAGAAAAAGAAAAAAGUAGACCCUUUUGUUAGCACUGUCCAUUUACCUCAUCCCUUCAAAAAGGAUCUCAACAAGGUUGUAGUUUUCACAGAGAAUCCAGAGCAGGCCAGACUAGCCACUGAAAACGGGGCGACUAUAGUAGGAGGAGCCGAGCUCGUAGAGAAGAUUUUAGAAGAUGAAAUCACAGCAGACUUUUAUGUGGCUGUUCCGGAAAUUAUCCCGAAGCUUGUGCCUUUGAAAAACAAACUGCGGAAGAAAUUCCCCAAGAGCAAGAGAGGGUCAGUUGGUGUGAACAUUCCGAAAAUGCUGGAGUUGUUUAAGACUGGUCAUGAGUACAUGGUAGAGAGGGACUGCUACAUCGUCACGCAAGUUGCAACGCUGGAUAUGCCAAAGGAACACAUCCUAAAUAACAUGCGGGCCAUUGUUCAGGAUGUUGCCUCCCACAAACCAGCAGAAUUUGGCCCCCUAAUCGAAAGGGCCAUCACAAGCAGCAAGACGAGCGAGGGCCUGCGCAUCAAAUUUGACACACUUUUACCACAGGAGGUGAAGGAUGAGGACUGAGCAUAAAAAUAAACAGUAUUUCCAUUGUGUAAUGAGUUGUAAUGUAAUAAAACAAAUUAAACAUGUAAUACUUUG